AUCUUAGACUAAGUCUUCUUGUUUGCUAUGCCAGUGCUUAUCAAUGUGAUAAUGUGGCACCACAUCAGAUUAUCACAUCAGUACAUUAUCUUAUUCAUGAUUCUACUGUGACAUCAACAUUAGCUUACAUUGGAAGCCACCUUUUAUUAUUUAUGAAGGAAAGAAGAUUCUAGUAUGGUUUCAUCAAGCUAAAAGGUUGACAUUGGAGAAGCUUAUCUUGUCCUUAAACCUAUUAAAAUAUAAGGACUAAAAGGAGAAUAACUCUUGAUCCUCAAAGCACUGAAAUCAAUGACGAAACCUCCGACGAGUGUUGAAGAUAUUGUGACCAUUGAUGCUCGUGAAGCGCGAGAUCUCUUGUGUUCCGGUUAUCAGUAUUUGGAUGUAAGGAUGUGGGAGGAUUUUGAGAAAGGGCAUGUCGAGGGCGCGCGGAAUGUUCCCUUCUACACAUCUGUUACUCCUCAAGGGAAGCUCAAAAAUGAGAACUUUAUUGAGCAAGUCGAGUCACUUUAUGGAAAGGAUGAGAACUUAAUUGUGGGUUGUCGAUCCGGCAUACGAUCUAAACUCGCUACUUUAGAUCUCCUCAACGCAGGCUUCAAGAAUGUGAAGAACAUGGGAGGUGGUUAUCUUUCUUAUGUGAAGAGCAUGAAUGAAGGCGCAUAACUCUCUCUUUUAUCAUUAACAAUAAUUUGCCCGAGUCAUAAAAUAACAGAUGUUUGUGUUUCAUUCACCCCUUAUGCUUUGAAUUUUUGUAUACUCUCUUUUAUGGCAUAAGAGUUGUUAAGAGCUCACAUAUAAAUAGUCUCAUAUUGAAUAAUUAGUGAGAGAGUAAAGGUUUGAUAUA